AUGAUGUCGCUUGCGCCAAAGAUUGAUGAGCUGAGAUGCUUUGUUGAGAAUACAAAACCUGAUUUAAUUUCAUUAACUGAAACCUGGCUCAAUGACUCCAUUAGCGAGCACCAUCUUAAUAUUCCUGGUUAUAAUCUGCUAUUGAAGAACCGUACUUCUGGUGUCCAUGGUGGUGUCGGACUUUACAUAAAAAACUCCAUCAAGUUUAACGCUUUCACUGACAUCUACCACCCUCAACUUGAG